AUGGCUCCAAACCGGUGGGAGAAGACGAAAAGCAUAUCGAAAAAGGGCUUCGACAAAGCAUGGAACACUGUCGACAAGCUUGGCGGCCCCGUCAACCGCCUGUCAAAUAAACUGGGCUCCGAAGCCUUCUGGCCCAUGACACUCGAUAAGGAAUCCGAUAAAGCUGCACGUAUCUUGCGCAGCUUCUGCAAAGACGGUUUCUACGCCCCCGAAUCCACAGUCGGUACCGAUGAGAAUGGCAAGAUCAACCGCCCCAAGGGCAAGCAGCGCGUGAUCCAGAAGAUCCCGGCAAAAGUCCUCCAAAAGGCCAAGGGAAUCGCCAUCUUCACGACUAUGCGCACGGGUCUGUGGAUGAGUGGCUCUGGUGGAAGUGGCGUGCUGCUAGGUCGCCUCCCCGAAACCGGGGAAUGGAGCCCGCCAUCCGGCAUCAUGCUACACACAGCGGGAAUAGGUUUCCUUGCUGGUGUGGAUAUCUAUGAUUGCGUGGUAAUCAUUAACACCUUCGAGGCACUCGAAGCAUUCAAGAAAUUCCGCUGUACACUCGGCGGCGAGGUCAGCGCGGCCGCGGGCCCUGUUGGCCUGGGCGGCGUAUUGGAAUCCGAAGUGCACAAGCGCCGGGCUCCAAUUUGGACAUACAUGAAAAGCAGGGGAUUGUAUGCGGGUGUCGCGGUCGACGGCACUAUCAUCAUUGAGCGAACGGACGAGAACGAACGUUUCUACGGCGAAAGGAUAUCAGUCGACGAGAUUCUUUCCGGCAAAGUCCGGCAUCCUCCCUACGAGCUCGAAACUCUUAUGCAAACCCUUAAGGCCGCACAGGGCGACACCGACGUCGACGAGAGCCUCAUCCCACCACCCGGAGAAACACCCGGCGAUAUGGAUCUCGCUGAAGACGGAUAUGCGUUCGGGGUGCCGGCCGUAGACGACCCCGACCCAUACGGAGUCAAGGCCCUGGAGGCAGAGGGGCUUUUCAUCCGUGAGGCUGGCACCAAGGCGAGACCAAGCCAUGAAACCUUCGAAUUCCGGCCCAAUCCCGACAGCCCUAUCUAUUCAACUUUCUCGCGCCGCAGCAUAGAUAGCUCGUCGCGCAAUAGCUGGCGCCAGAGUGUGCAGAGCUCGAAGAGUUUCAGGAGCUAUGCUAGUGUCGACCGUGGCACGCAGACUGAUGAAGCGAUAAGUGAGCCCACGUCCGUGAGCCGUGAGUCUUCCCGCAGCGCAGAGGGAUCAUUCCGUAGCCAUCGUCGGUCGAUGAACACCUGGGAUGAAAUUGAAGAUAAGCCCCAUUGGGAUACGAUUGCUAUCCAUGGUGAAGAUGAGCAUGUGAGGGUCCGACAACUGGACGGUGCAGAGGCAGAAGAUAGAAAGGCGAAGGCGAAUGCCUGCGAGGAUGCACGCGAUGACGCCGAUCUCGAGGAGGAUGACGAGGACUUCGAGGUUCACGAGGUCAGCAAUGCCAUGGUCACACCCAAGGAGAAGAGUGUUCCCUCCUCGCCCACAAAGGCAGAGGAACAAAAGACAGAAGCCGAUAUCAGGCGUCUAUCGCCAAGCUUCACCCGGGCUCGUCUCGUUACGAUCCCGGCGCGCACCCCACCUGCCUUGCCUCCCCGACACCCACAGCACCAUUGGGGCUCUGUCUCCAGCCGUGAAUCAACCUCGCCUACCCCUCUCUCGCAAUCCAGCCGCAACACCUCGCCCACGAUUGCCACUGAGGCGGCGGAGCUUGAACACAUCGAUGAAACUCCCCAUGUGCUCCCAUCCCCAAAGAAAGCCAAGACCUCGGUUGAUAUCCCCGCCAAGGGCGAUGAGUUCCUCGACACACAGUCGGAGCCUCUGACCGAAAAGGAGGAGUUCCUUUCUAUCGAUGGCGAGUCUGAAGCCGAGGAUCAGACUAAGCCGGAGACCAAGGAGAAAGAAAGUGAGAAGGAAUCCAAGCCCAAGCAGUCUCCCCCACUCGAAAAAACUCCCACGCUUGCACCAAACGUCGAGGAUACCCCGAAAGUUGAAGAGACCCUCGAUCAACUCGAAGCCAAGCUUGGAGCUGUGGCCGAAGAAUCCGCGGCUGACGAAGCCGAAGGACAGAAGACUGGAAAGACAUACGCACAUAUCAUUGCCGAUCGCGAAGACGACGAAGAGUCACCCCGUGGAACUAAAGUUGAUACCACCUUGCCGCAAGCACGGGCUGAUUGA